AGCUCUGGCAUAGUGAAGAACAUUUUUGACAUAAAAGCAUACUUGUGGCUAGCAGCAGUUCAUUCAACAAUUUGCCACGAUUCAAGAAACACCAUCAGAGACAAUUGUCGGAUCGGAGUACUUAGCUGUGUGUUAAUCCAGUUUCUGUGUGCAUCACGAAUCGAUCCUAAUUCAAUAAAAGCGACGGCAUAUUUUUGGCAUUUAUUUUUAUCGACUCGGCAACAUCGACGGUAUUUCAUUUAUUUUCGACUGUUUUUUUGAAAUAACGGGUUUUUAUUUGAAUUUCUUAACUUUGAGAUCACAUUUGGUCAAAUUGCUAAACUUAAAAAAACAGCAAAACGGAAUUUAAUUAGAUGAUAGUAUUUUUUCAUCAAUUUUGAGUGCAACAUUCCUCAAAAUACAAUUGAAUUGAUCAGUGUUAAAUCACUAAUUGGGAUAAAAACGGUGCAAUUUCGUGUGGAAUCCAUCCAGAAAAUACAAUCCAGCUUUUUGGAAAUAACUGCAUAUUUUAUAUCUCUCCAAUCUCUCGUCCGAAUAGCAAACUCCUAAGGGUUGAUACGUUCAAAAUGGUAUUCAUCAAUUCAGUGGGCUUUGUUGCUUUUACAGUGAUUUUAUGUGCAAUCAUGUGCAAUGGAAAAAACUUAUAUGAUGACAUCGAGACGAGUGGGCCAGAAGGUCUAGCUGAAGUGAAGCGUCCCGCAUUUUAUGCUGGCAGUCGAUAUGGUCGUUCGAAUGGUGGACAAUCGGGUAGUUUACGCAUAACACCGCGACGUGAUUUUCACUUUUUGCGAUAUGGCAAACGAGCUGACCACGAUCUGGACAUUGCGCCUAUUCAGUGUUAUGAACCGAUUCGAGAUUACGUGCUGACGUGUUCCUUCACUGGAGUCCGGGACUUUUAUCGCUGUUGGAAAGGACAAGAGAAUAAAUUUGAUGCAAUCGAUCAGAUUACAUCAAAUGCUGAGGAUAAAACCAAUCAACAGCAAUUAAUAUAAAUUGCUCCACCAAAAUCAACAACAUUUCCCCUUUUCAUCAAGCUAAAUUUUCAUAAAUAACCAUUAAACGGAAAAUAGAAAAACAACACACACACACACACACACACUUUAUGGAUAACAAUGUAGAAAGAUCAAUCGGAACGGAAAAUAACCGCUUAAAUUGCCACUGAUCAGAAAACGAAUUUCAUUUAGUUUUGGUUCAUCAUAUCGGUUUGUUGCUCGCUGACGGAAGUGGCCACUAUUUUGAACAAGGCUUUUGUGCAAUAUAUGUACGAAUGAAUUGUUUCUGUUUUGCGGGAAGGAAGGUGGAGAAGUGUUUCUCUCAUUCAAACAUAGAUUAUGUGUGUAUGUCUCUCUCUCUUUCUUUCUUUCUUUCUUUCGCUUUAACAUUCUCUACCAUCAUCCAUUUUCCGAAUUUUUUUCCAAUAUUUAACUUCAAUUAAAUAUCUUUUUAUAAUCACAAUAAAUACAAUAUUACACACACGCAAUUAAAACGCACUUAUAAAUUCCAAUCAAUGUUGCAGCUAAAUCGUAUAUUUAUACAAGAGAAAUUAAUAAUUGUAUUUAUAAUUGUGCUGAUUUUGAUUCAAGAACAUAAAUUCCGCAUUUUAUGUGAAGCAUAAGUUGUAAUAAUAUGUGUAUAUAAAUGUAAGUACGAUGUGUUAAGCGUGUACUUUGUCUUUUUUUUUUUUGGUUUUUGGCUCUUUCACUUACCACUCGUGUAAUUCGUUGCUCUGUUAGUCAUAUUUGUCUCUUCAUUUUAUCAUUUCAAUUAUGUCGCUUCCAAGUUUGUACUUUGGCCGAAUGAAAUUGAAACCAAAACCUCGGUUGCAGAAAAUGUUCAAUUUCAGUGUCAUGCAGCGUGACACUACGAUUGAAUUUCUAUUUUAUGCACACACAAUAUCGUCUAAUUGCGUUCUAUUUAAAUUUAUUAUUGUCGCCCCAAAAAUAUAUAUUUAUAUAUCUCUCGCAUUCAAAUCACCAAAUCAAAUUAAAUCAAUAUCAAUAAAAAUUGCUUAUUUAUUAAGAAACAAAAAAAAUAUGAUUGUAAAAAUAAAUCUCUAUUUAUGAAUGUUAUAAAAAAGGAUGUUAAUUGUAGACAAAGAAAAUGAACAAAAAUAAACAAAUGGAACUAAUUAAGUAAAGUGCAAA